AUGAACAACUCAAAUACUGGGUUAUUCACAGUUUACACAGGAGUCGAUAAUAUUACUAAAGUUCAUCUUAUAGACAAUUGGAACGGUAUUAAAGAGGUUAACUACUGGCGUUCUAAGCAAUGUAACAUGAUAAAUGGGACAGCAGGUGAAAUGUGGCCUCCAUUUAUCACUCCUUCAGACACAUUAACCUUUUACAGCCCAGACUCCUGCAGAACAUUGGAACUAGUGUUUCAGAAGUCUGGUUGGACUUUAGAUAUACCUUCUUACCAUUAUGUUGCCCCAAAGACCAUGUUUGCAAAUGGGACUGUGUAUCCGCCCAACAAAGGCUUUUGUCCAUGCAGAGAGUCCGGAGUUCUGAAUGUCAGUACGUGCAGACACAAUUCUCAAGUCUUUAUCUCGCAGCCGCACUUCUACAAUGCUGACCCUAUGCUAUGGAAAGCCAUUGAUGGACUGAAUCCCAAUGAGGAAGAUCAUGCACUUUUCAUUGAGAUCCAUCCUUUAACUGGAAUCCCUUUGAAUGUGUCCAUCAAAUUACAACUAAAUCUGUUUGUGAAGGCAGUGCGGGGAAUAUCGGAAACUGGAAAAAUCAAGCCCGUGCUGUUGCCGUUGCUUUGGUUUGAUGAGACAGGAUACAUCGAUGGUGCACCUCUGCAAACUUACUAUAAUUUCUUGGUGUUGGUGCCAACCAUUUUGGAAUAUCUGCAGUACGUCCUGAUUGCUACUGGCUGCCUUUUAGUGUUAGUUGCUAUAAUUCUCAAAAUUGUCAGUUGGAAAAAGCAGGAUGUGGGUGUCACUGGCUAGACCAGCAUUUAUUGCGCAAGGG